UUGCUAUAUAAUGGCUUGAUGUUAGUGGAGUGAUCGAAAUUUUGAGGUUAAAUAUGUUUGUGAUUUACUUUACAAGUUAUUUAUGUGUGUACAUGUAUUAAUUCUUUCAUUUAUCAUAACAAAUUGUUAACAAUUGAAUAAUUAUUUAUUAAUAACAAAUUAAAAUUAAAACGAAUGUCAUUUUGUCGAUGACGUAAAUAUACAUUAUUAUACCUUAUUAAUUUCAUGAAGGGCAGUGUGGAAUAAAGAUUUAAAGAAAAUAAAUAUUUAAGCUUUUAAAUAUUAGAAAGCAAUAUGUCCUGCAGUAGGAUAGAAAUGGAUCAAAGCAUCGCACAAAGGUUAUUAUUUGAAGGCGCUACAUUGGUUGUACUUGAUGUACCUAUGGACACAGAGUUUGGAAUAGAUUUAAAGUCUUGGAAUGUUGGAAAUAAAUUUAAAGGUAUUAAAAUGAUACCUCCAGGAUUUCAUUAUGUGCAUUAUAGCGCAGUAAAUAAAUUUGGCGAAGCAGCACCUAAAAUAGGUUUUUUUCAUGUAUUCAAAAAAGCUGAAUUUAUGGUAAAACGAUGGGAUCAGUCAAAGGAAGAAAUCAGUUCAGAACCUGUUCCUGAAAAUUUGGUUAAGAGUCUCAAAGAAAACUUGAAAGAUUUAGAUAAAUUUCUUGGUCCUUAUCCUUAUGAUAUUUGGGAAAGAUGGGGUAAAUUGACAUAUAAAAUUGAUUAUCUUUUAAUAGAACGUUGCGCACCUGUUUGCGGUUUUGUACAUUCAGCUUUAGAAUUGGAACCAUGUAGUGAUGCUUUGAGACCACGCGGAGGAGAUCUUAUACAAAAAAAAAAGACAGAAAAAACUAGAUUUACGGUUGAAGAAAAAGAAGACCAAUUGUUACCUGACUUGAAACCAAAACCUGGGACAGAACUGAGAUUAUCACAAUUACCCGAGAAACAUUAUCCUGAUGGGUCAACUCCAACAGAGAUCACAAAACAUUCUCUUGAUUCUAGUUAUGUUUUGGAUAUUGUGCUUGAUAAAUUGAAACAACCAAUAGAAAUAAUUGGAGAAAUACAACUGGCUUUUGUUUGUCUCUUGGUUGGCCAAAAUUUGGAUGCCUUUGAGCAUUGGAAAAAGUUUAUAUCAUUGAUUUGUGGAGUAGAUUCAGCAAUAUCAGCUCAUCGCUAUAUUUAUAUGGAAUUCUUGAAAGUUAUAGAAGUUCAAUUAUCCUACAUUCCAGAAGAUAUAUUAUGUGAUAUUGUCACUAACAACAAUUUUGUUUAUCAAAGCUUGCGUAAACUUUUUGCAAACAUUCAGUUUAAUUCUGACAUAGAUGGUCGUUUAAAGUGUUACGCAGUACACGUUCGUGAUCGAUUAACUAAAAAGUUUAGAUGGGAUUUCACGAAUUUACAAGGUGAUAACGAAGAUGAGGCACCCGUUGUUGUUUCUCUAGAAUAAAUAUUAUAGCAUAUUGUCCAUAAAAUAUAAUAAAAAGAAGAAAAAAUUGUAAAA